GAGCCGCGGUAGCUUGCAUUGCAGCAGCUACACAUGCAGUCUUGCUCCGCACACUCCCGCCCUGCACUCCAGCCAGGCUCUUGCCGUGCAAAUCAAUCAUUGCAAUUGCAUGGCUUCCUUUUAGUUAGUAGUAUAAGCAAGCACUCGCCUCGCUCCUCCCUUCAAUUCCUCCUCCUCCUCCUCCGAUAGAACAGGCAACUGCCGAGGCAUAUUAUUGCAGGUACGUACGGUGCCGCCCUCCUUGGACGGACCACCGGUCGAUCGCCAUGAGAAGAGCCACCGUCUUUCUCAUGGCGCUCGCCCUCGCCCUCGCCCUCAUCCUCAUCCCGCCGCCCACGGUGGCGACGCCGCCGCCGGGUCGUCUUCCCCUCAGGAGAAGUCGCUUCCUUGCCAGCAGCAGCGUCGACUUCCCGUCGUCGUUCUACGACUGCAGCAAGAAGCCGCCGUCCAUCUGCCUCUCGCCCGGGAGCCCCGGCGCGACGUGCUGCCAGGGCGCAUGCGUCGACACCAACCACAGCUUCCAGCACUGCGGCAACUGCAACAAGAUGUGCAAGUUCGCGCAGACCUGCUGCGAGGGGAAGUGCGCCAACACCUUCACCGAUAAGAGGAACUGCGGCGGGUGCGGCGUCAAGUGCAGAACCAAGUGCACCAACGGCUACUGCGACUACGCGGCCUAGCUGACUCAUAUCACCAUCCAACAACGUCCACGAACAGAAAUAAGAAUGGUAUAUGCUACGUUAAAUUCAUAUUGUUGUUAUUCAACAAAAAACAUUCGAUUAUAUAUAUAUAUAUAUAUAUAUAUAUAUAUAUAUAUAUAUAUAUAUAUAUAUAUAUAUAUAUAUAUAUAUAUAUAUAUUGUUGGGCUCCUGCAUGCAUGCUAUAUUAAUUAUAUAUGCAUGCAUAUAUAUUACACAAGGAUCGAAGAAGAAAAAAACAAGGAUACUUAAUUUAAUUUGUGCUCGAUCGAUCGGGUCCUUGUCGUUGUUACCUCCACAACCACAACCGGUGGGUAUAUGAAUAAACUCAUGAUUAUGUGUUUGUA